AUGGCGCCUCCACCAAGCCAUCAGCCUGGUCCUUCGACAACCGCUGCAGCGGCUUCGAGCAGCACUAGCGACUCCUCCGAGCGCACAGGGACGGCGACGCCGCCGUACAUGACCGGCAUCGUCGACGAGAGGAACGUCGUAGCGCCGACGCCGCCGACAUCCAGCAAUGCCGGUCUUGGCCUUCAGGCUGGCCCCUCCACCAACAUCGGCGGCACCACCAUGGCGUUGCACUCGAGUUUCAUCGUCGGGACUCGGGCGGCUCGUCGGGGCACUCCGCCCUUCUACAAAGCCGGCAACCCCUCCACAGCCGCAUCAGCGACAUCGACGCCGCCAACAUCACCGGCCACGCCAACCGACGCUCCCUCGCCCACUCGUCUUCUUGGCCCCAUGGCGGCCACCGACCGCCGAUCCGGCAUCCGCCGCGGCACAUGGAGCCCAGCAGCGCUGGGGCUCUCCUCCGGCCAUUGA